ACGCAUGCGCACGAUCAUAGCCUAGGCUAGGGAGAAGAUGAGGACAAGCGAAAGCGAAGGGGAAGGAAAAAUAAUAAUAAAAGAGUUCUGUUCUCUUUUUUUUUUCCCCGCCCUCCUCCCCUCCGCCCACAUCGGAGCCGGCAUCUGAGGUAAGCGAAGCGGCAGCAGAAGCGGGAGCUGCAGCAGCAGAAGCAGCAGCAACCGAAGAGCAGCGCCUCGCACGCGCGUGCGCACAUAUACACACACACCCGAGCGCGAGGGAAGCGCUCCUUGGAGAACGUCCUGAGGAGAAAAAAAGCAAGGUGCGGGUGCGGCGCGCGCGCGGGGCUGAGGACCCUAAUAUUCUCUCAUGCGAUUAUCAGAAGCUGUUGAUUCCCCUGCACUAGGCCUCAUCCAACGGUUAUCUUCUCAUGCCAGGACUUUUGAAACAUCACCAAAAGCCUGUGGAGCAAUUCUCAAUCCUUUUACAGGGACAGCACUAUCUUAAGGAAUCUGUUUUUACUGUUCUUGCAUGGGACACUGUGAUACACAGCCUCCGCCUUUUGAGAUAAGAAGCCUUUCAUUGUUUCUGCAACAGGAUUGUAAGGAAUAUUUGCAAUGAAAAAUAACCCAUCUUUUUGGCAUGUCACUUUGCAAACACAGUGGAUUCUGACUUUCACCAGGUACCCUGUAGACUUUUUACGUGCUUUGGAAAAAUCUUUGCGCUCAGAAGAAAUUACCUCUAUGCAUUUUGCUGUGCCAAAAAUAUUUUUGACCUAACAAGCAGGACUUCCCAUCAGGAUUUUUGCCUCUUUAAGGUAAACAUCAAGGCCAGAAAUUUUCGGUAAGAUCUUUUAGCAUACAUCAGUUACAACCGCCUUUUGGUUUGGUUCUGUAGGCUGCCUUUGGGAAGAAAAAACCCCUUACCGCUGCUGCCUGAUAAAUUGGAAUCUUUGGGCUAAUCACCUGUGAAAUAUUUGCCUACAAAAUCAUGAGCGUUCACCAUUUCACCAGCUUUGGUCAUGCUUUUGGAAAAUAUACCUGAUAAUCAUUACUAUCCAGAUACCACAGUGUAUUAGUCGAAUCGUCAAUCAAUGCUAAGACAUGAGUCUUUCUCUCAAGGGAGUACUUGGUAACAGGGUUGGCAUCUUUGCCCUUUUGGAAGGUCUCCUUCCUCAUACUACUUAGCGCUCCAGCCAACUGCGGGUUAAAGUUAUCAGGGCAGUCAUACUGUUUCUGCCCCAUCCAUUCCUGCUGCCGAUAUGGCUUCGGUCAGGUUCAUGGUUACCCCCACCAAAAUUGAUGAUAUUCCAGGCCUGUCUGACACCAGCCCGGAUCUCAGCUCCCGCUCCAGCUCCCGCGUCCGCUUCAGUUCCAGAGAAAGCGUCCCUGAAACAAGCCGCAGCGAAGGUGCCAGUGACUUCUCUAGAGCAACCACAUCACUGGCCACUGAAGCAGCCGAGCCAGCGAACGAAAAGGCAAACAGUCCUCGCACGGAUGUGGCUGAAGAUGUGAGUCAAACUUCCAUCACAGGGGAACAGUAUCAGCUCUUAGAUCCUGGGCACAAGAAGGAUCCCAAUGCCUAUCUCAACAACAUCAACUAUGAAGAUGGAGAUGAAUUCUUCGAUAAGAAUUUGGCCCUCUUUGAGGAGGAGAUGGACACUCGACCGAAAGUGUCCUCCCUACUCAACCGCAUGGCCAACUAUACAAACUUGAUGCAGGGAGCCCGUGAACAUGAGGAAGCAGAGAAUGUGCCCCCAGGCAAGAAAAAGCCCACCAAGACUCCGCAGAUGGGCACGUUCAUGGGCGUCUAUCUGCCGUGCCUCCAGAACAUCUUUGGAGUGAUUCUCUUCUUGCGACUCACUUGGGUAGUGGGUACAGCUGGCAUCUUGCAAGCCUUUGCCAUUGUAUUCAUGUGCUGUUGCUGUACACUGUUGACAGCAAUCUCUAUGAGUGCCAUUGCCACCAACGGAGUUGUGCCUGCUGGUGGAUCGUACUUCAUGAUUUCACGAGCGCUGGGGCCUGAGUUUGGAGGAGCCGUGGGACUCUGCUUUUAUCUGGGCACCACCUUCGCAGCUGCAAUGUAUAUCUUGGGGGCCAUAGAAAUUUUCCUGAUGUACAUUACCCCCGAGGCAGCAAUCUUCCACAGCGAGGAUCCACUGAAGGAGCCAGCAGCCUUGUUGAACAACAUGCGGGUGUAUGGCUCGGCCUUCCUGGUUCUGAUGGUGCUGGUAGUGUUUGUGGGUGUGCGCUAUGUGAACAAGUUUGCCUCUCUCUUUCUCGCCUGCGUCAUCGUCUCCAUCCUUGCCAUCUACGCUGGUGCCAUCAAGUCCUCCUUCGCACCUCCUAAUUUCCCUGUCUGCAUGCUGGGGAAUCGUACCCUCUCCCAACACCAGAUUGACAAAUGCGCAAAGACUGAGGAGCGGGACAAUGUCACAGUACACACUCGCCUAUGGGAUUCCUUCUGCAACUCCACCAAGCGCCUCAAUGCCUCCUGUGAUGAUUAUUUUCUGCACAACAAUGUUACCGUUAUUCAGGGAAUUCCAGGAUUGGCCAGUGGUGUUAUCACUGAGAACCUUUGGAGCAGCUAUCUGAUGAAAGGAGAGAUCAUUGAGAAACCCUCAUUGCACUCGGUUGAUGCGGGAGGAUCCCUCAAUCAGCAGUACGUGCUGGCUGACAUCACAACCUCUUUCACCCUUCUUGUGGGCAUCUUCUUCCCCUCUGUCACUGGAAUCAUGGCUGGAUCAAAUCGUUCUGGGGAUCUGAAGGAUGCCCAAAAAUCAAUUCCCAUUGGUACCAUUCUGGCCAUUCUCACCACUUCUUUUGUGUAUCUUAGCAAUGUAGUACUGUUUGGAGCUUGUGUGGAAGGUGUUGUACUAAGAGACAAGUUUGGCGACUCGGUGAAGGGGAACCUAGUAGUGGGGACGCUGUCCUGGCCUUCUCCAUGGGUCAUCGUCAUUGGUUCGUUCUUCUCCACGUGUGGAGCUGGGCUCCAAAGCCUCACUGGCGCACCCCGACUGUUGCAGGCAAUAGCCAAGGACAACAUUAUACCCUUCCUGAGGGUAUUUGGCCACGGAAAAGCCAAUGGGGAACCUACCUGGGCUUUGCUCCUGACAGCAGGCAUUGCAGAAUUGGGGAUCCUGAUUGCCUCUUUGGACAUGGUUGCCCCCAUUCUUUCCAUGUUUUUCCUAAUGUGUUACCUCUUUGUCAACCUGGCCUGUGCCUUACAAACCCUAUUGCGUACCCCCAACUGGAGACCACGCUUUCGGUACUACCACUGGGCACUCUCCUUCAUGGGCAUGAGUAUCUGUGUGGCUCUCAUGUUCAUUUCCUCCUGGUAUUAUGCCAUUGUUGCCAUGGUGAUAGCUGGGAUGAUUUACAAAUACAUUGAGUACCAUGGGGCUGAGAAGGAGUGGGGCGACGGCAUCCGUGGCCUGUCCCUGAGCGCAGCCCGCUUUGCCUUGCUGCGCCUUGAGGAAGGGCCACCCCACACCAAGAACUGGAGGCCACAGCUCCUGGUGUUACUAAAACUAGAUGAGGACCUACACGUGAAGCAUCCACGCCUGCUCACCUUUGCCUCCCAGCUGAAAGCUGGCAAGGGCCUCACUAUUGUAGGCUCCGUCAUGGUGGGCAACUUUCUGGAGUGCUACAGUGAGGCACUGGCUGCUGAGCAGACUAUCAAGCACCUGAUGGAGACGGAACGAGUGAAAGGCUUCUGCCAGAUUGUGGUGGCUGGCAAAGUGCGCGAGGGCAUCUCCCACCUCAUUCAGUCCUGUGGGCUGGGUGGUAUGAAGCACAACACUGUGGUGAUGGGCUGGCCGAAUGCCUGGCGCCAGAGCGAGGAUGCCCGGUCUUGGAAGAACUUUAUUGGCACUGUCCGGGUAACUACAGCUGCACAUCUGGCCUUGCUUGUGGCAAAGAACGUGUCCUUCUUCCCCAGCAAUGUAGAGCCCUUUCCGGAGGGGAACAUUGAUGUCUGGUGGAUUGUGCAUGAUGGAGGGAUGCUGAUGCUGCUCCCCUUUCUCCUCAAGCAGCACAAGGUGUGGCGUAAAUGCAAAAUCCGCAUCUUUACAGUGGCUCAGCUGGAGGACAAUAGCAUCCAGAUGAAGAAGGAUUUGGCAACCUUUCUAUAUCACCUCCGCAUUGAAGCAGAGGUGGAAGUGGUGGAAAUGCAUGACAGCGACAUCUCUGCCUAUACAUACGAGCGCACCCUGAUGAUGGAGCAGCGCUGUCAGAUGUUGCGCCAAAUGCGCCUGUCUAAGACAGAGCGAGACCGAGAGGCUCAGCUUGUGAAGGACAGGAAUUCUAUGUUGCGGCUGACCAGUAUUGGCUCAGAUGAUGACGAAGAGACGGAGACAUACCAGGAAAAGGUGCACAUGACGUGGACCAAGGACAAGUACAUGGCAUCCCGUGGGCACAAGCAGAAGACCCUGGAGGGUUUCCAAGAUCUCUUAAACAUGCGGCCGGAUCAAUCCAAUGUGCGACGCAUGCACACGGCUGUCAAGCUCAACGAGGUUGUUGUCAACAAGUCCCACGAGGCUAAGCUGGUGCUGCUCAACAUGCCCGGUCCGCCACGCAAUCCUGACGGUGAUGAGAACUAUAUGGAAUUCCUGGAGGUCCUCACAGAAGGGCUGGAGCGAGUGCUGCUUGUGCGGGGUGGUGGCAGCGAAGUGAUCACCAUCUACUCCUAGAGGCAUGGGAGGCCUUCCUCCCAACGAACUCGGUUUUGUCAGAUUGACAUCUGCUUCCUGCCUGUUACCACCUGCUAUUUGACCUCUCAAGCAGAGCAGCUAGCAGCGUCACGCCUCCUUUGCUUUCUUUUUCCAGUUGCAGAUGGGGGGGGUCUUGAGAUAGGGUGGUUUUUCUCCUUUUGGAGGAGGGAAUGUUGACAUUCCCCCCUAUUCUUUCAUGAGGUUAAAAGGUACACAUUAGGAACAACUUAAUCUUUUAGACUUGAGCAAGAGAUGGCUCGGCCUCUUGCCAAGAAGUAGAGGAGCUAGUGAGUCAGGUACUAAUGUUGCUGGGCGGGGGUGAAAGGAGCCAAAAGAGCAGGGAGAAACUCACUGCUUUGGUCUCCUAGUUGCUGCUGGAACCCUCUGCUAACCUUUACAAGAAUACAAUACUAUUUCAAUUGAACGGACACUGUCGAUUAAAAAGAGGAGGGGAUGGGAGAUGCUGUUUGGAGAGCUGGCAGCAGCGAGAUGCCGCCUGCAUUGUGCCAUUCUCUUCUGGUCAGUGCCAAAGUCUUUCUGCUUUCUUUCCCUCUGAAAGCAAAGGGAGGGGCAUUUAGAAAGAUGGAGCCGACUUCUUCAGUACUUAUCCUCGACUCUUGACUCUUAUGGGAUGCUGAAAUCCCAGUUCACUCUUUGUCAAGGCAUGAUGGAGAAUGAUAGAUUCCUGAAGCCAGGGUAGAAGAGGCAUACUGGUGAUGGAAUCUGUCCUGCCAGUUCUUUUCCUCUGUGGCUCUCAUACUCCUCUCUGGGCAAGGAAGCUCAGAGUCUUGUUUUUCCCAGUGUUUGCAGAUCUUUUGUAGAAUGACUGAAAAGCAGAAGAAACUGCACUAAUAGUUAUCAUGCAGAGGAAAGUAUCUUUCCUAAAUUUAAACAGGAGGCAAAACAGCAAUAUCUUCUGACUUGCAUAACUGUCCCUGUGCGCCUGAAUAUAGAGCUACCCCCUCUUCCCUGCUACCCCCAAAGUUGGGUAAGAGGGACACAGCUCUUUCUAUACCAAACUAUUAUGCCUGUCUCUUUUUAGAACAAGUGUCUCAAUAGUGAGGCCCUACAUCGUGUAUUUUGUGAGUGCUGAGAAUGACUCCUUCCUAUCCCGACAAAGGCAAACAUGGGCAAAUGGCGUUGUCUGUAUUGUGCCCUCCAGUUUCAAUGAUGGAUGUCUAAAUUUUCUCAAUCCUUUGCUCAAGAAUCGCAUACAGGGACCACUCCUUUGAGAUAGCCUUAAAGCAGACGGAUCUCUAGCCUCUCCUCAUCAUUUUAAAGGGAAUUUCACCUACUUUUCCUCACGUCUUUACUUUGGGGGAGACUUUAAUUUAUUGGGGGUGUGACCUUGUUUACAUAGCAUCAGGUUUUGGGGGUGUGAUUUUUUUUGGCUUCCUGAAUUAUGUAAAGAAUAAACAUUUUAUAUAUA